AUGGCAACUGCCAGAGAGACCAAGAUUGAGACUAUUUUGAAAGAAAACUUCCCGAGCGCUAGGCUUGUGUCUGUUUCUGAUGUGAGUGGUGGUUGUGGAGCUAUGUUCGAAAUAGUUAUUGAAGCAGGAGAGUUUGCAUCCUUGUCCGUUUUGCAACAGCAUCGAGCUGUUAAAAAGGCCUUGAGAGAUGAAAUAAAGAACAUGCAUGGACUUACAAUCAAAACUAAGGCGUGA